UAUGAAUGCGAGUGCGAGUCUUAUUCUUUGUGGAAAAACAUGGAAAAAGCUUUCUCCGUGUGACUGGUGACUCUGGCUAUUUCUUGCUCAUCUUUCCUUUGUUAAGAAAAAUUAUUCUCCUACUCUCUCCCUCUGCUACUCCACUCCAUCCUUUAGUUUUCUCUGAGCUUCCGAAUCUUGUGGUUUUUGUUGAUACAAUGGAUCAAGAGAAGGAGGUGAAUGGCGCUGUUGGUGGUGGUAUUGAUGAGACAGAGAAGAAGACUUUGGUUCAAGGCAAAGCUGAGGCCUUAGAGAAGUGUCUGGAGGAGAACAAAGGAGACAACACCAAAUGCAAGGCUAAGGUUGAAGCUUUCAGAUCAUCUUCUUCUCCAAAAAAACCCUUGAAGUCUUUAAGACUGCGGAGUGGUUUGUUGACUGAUGUUUGAAUGGAUUAGUGGGAAUCCCAUUCUUCUUCUCCAAAGUGUAAACAGUUGUAGUGUUGGUGUACAAAAUUGGGAAAGUUUUAUUUCAGAGUUUGUCUUUUCAAAGGUUGUCGAAGAUUGCAGUUGAAGACUUUUUUUUUUUCAUUCAUGAAUAGGAACCCAAUGAAAAGAAAUGGUGGGGGGAUAGAAUUGCAUGAUUUCCUUGAAUUGAUGCUAAUGUACAAAUUGGUUCCCAUGUAACAGCAAUUACAAUAUGCAUGAAACUAUAAAUAAAAAUUGCCAGGUUUCUCAA